AUGCACGGUGCCAGCGAGCCGGUAGCAGGCACAAUUCGAUUUCUCGUCCGGCCUGCUGACCCUAGGCUGGUGUCGUCCAGCUUCUGGACGAAACUGCGAAAAGGGUUCAUGCGGUUGCUGCAAAAAGAGAAAGACAACCGGGAAUGGAUCCCCGUACAUGCAUAUCUACCUCCUGACGAGCCACCUGCAGCUCGUACGACAUCUCGCGAAGCGUCUGGCUUUUUCGCCAAGAUUUUGAGCAGAGAUGAGGUCGACGAGGACCAAGCGUUCCUGGCUCUUGGUGCGCGUCUUCCACAAGGGUUUAACGCUUCAUUCGAAUUGGAAAAACGUCCGAAUGGGGAACUCGAGUGCGUGAAGUCUCCCUGGGUAGCGAACGUUCAUGUUGAGGCCGUACGCGGCGUCACAAGUCCGGAAGGGGUCCCCUUCUAUGAGGCUGAAGUUAGGUAUGACGACGAUCAGGAGACGGGAGACGAAGCCGUAGCCAACUUGCCGGCCCACAUUCCUCUCACCCCUAAUACUAAAGUUUUCAAGAGGGGAAUGUCUCAAAUAAAACCCGAAGCGGGACUGGAUGCGUCGCUCGUCUGCCAGGCAGACGGCCGACCGCCGAUCUUUGUUACAGAUGAUGAUGAGGAACAGGAAAUGCCUGAACUGCAGCCAGGCCCCUGGAGCGUUUCUGUGAUUGUAAAGUCGAAAGUGAAUCCUCUCACGUCCUAUGGACGGUCCUACUACGUAGAAAUAAUCGACAACGUCUCUGUCACUGUGCCCCCGCAGCGCAUCUUGCCUCUGUCGUUUCCUGGUCCCAUGCAUCUCAACACUCUGCUCCAACUCGAGCUUGCCGUUGCUGCUGGGCAUCUAUUUGAGAAUGCAAGACUCACAGAGGCUGCAAAAGGCAUGCCAGCCCGCUGUAAACUUGUACGGGAGGCCUUGUACGUCCACCCCGUUGUGCUCGACUGCCCUCUGUGGCACAUAAAGUCACAGACGGAGAAACAAACAACGGUCUUGCAUUUAAAAACCUCCGUGGAGCCGAAAGUGCCUACCGCGGAGGAGGCGGCUGUUCUACGCACCAUCUCUCAACAAGCUCUGCACGAGUUCGCCGAGGGCACCGCCGCGAACAAGAGUCCCCUCAGUCUGAAGGCGCAGCGCGACGUUCUCAACGUGGAGGUUGAUAUGAACGACCUCAGCUCAGAUGCGAAGCAGCAGCUGAAAAAUCUUGCGUCCGGUUCCGGUGAUCGUUUGCAGUUCAAACUUGAGGGCCCUGCAUUUGGCAACAUUUUCGGAGAGGGAGAGUCGCGCUCCACUGAGGCGCAGGGCGCCGCGGAUCCUGGCCUUGUACGCCACAUCUACCGCUCAACAGUAACGGAACCGUACCAAGAAGCAAAGAGGAAUCUCGCGAAAAAUCUCGCGCUUGCUAUGGGCUUCGCUUUGCUCUUCAAUGGUGGACUAAAGCUGUGGAGUUGGUGGCAGGACGACAAGGCAACACGGCGGAAACUGGCGCUGAUUGAAGCUGGUCGAGACGAGCAAAAAUUCGAACCAAAGUAUCUAGUGAAGCCCGCGCAGGCGACUGAUGUGUUCCCGGAACCGGUGCCAGACGGCAUGAUGUAA